AUGGAUCCCUACGCGAUGAUAUUAUUCCACUUUGAGGAAGAACUUGAGUCUAAUUGCAACAGCAUUCCACCCGACGUUCUAGAUUUCUUGCAGACGUCAUUAACCGAGACAAAGCUACAAAACAAGUUUGGUAAACCUAUGGUGUGGAUUGGGAUUUAUAUUGCAAUAGCUUCUCUUUUCUGCAUCCUACCAAUGCUGGCUGAUCUGUUACAUGGUUUCAAAACCAAAAAACUAUGGUUUCCAUGUAAAUACUUUACUCUCAAUGCUGCUUCUCUCACUGUUAUAGCUAUUGCAAUGAAGCUACCUGUGGAUCUAAAUAAUUCAAUGCCGAAUAAUGUGGAUCAGGCUGCAAAGCUCGGAAGCUUGGCAUUUAUGUGCACCAUGAUGGCUAAUUUAUUGCCUUCAUUAGCAACAAUGGACAGUAAGGAACUUCUCACAAACAUCAUAGCAUUGGGUGUUCUAGUAAUCACCUUGGUUGUGAAUGUAUGCAUUCAAAUACGAACCGGUGUUGUUUCCAACAAUCAUGAUGGUCCUUAUUACACUCAUGUAAGCUAUAAAAAUUGGUUAAUAGCACUUAUAUAUGUGGCUAUGUUAUUCAUGCUACUGGUGAUACAUACUUGUUUGGCUUUAAUGAUUAUCACAUCAAAACAAAUAGUAGAAUCUAAAUACAAAGCACGUCGUGAAACAGCUUUGGUGGAUCUAGAGUUGCAGCAACCUGGAAGAGACACAGUUGAGAAGCUAAAGCAGCAUGUGAGCAACCACUGGAUCAUGGCUGGCACUGGGAGCCCUCAAUUUAUGGCAGUUUGUUCUGCUACAACUUCUGCUUCUGGGGUAAUAUGUUUUUCAAGCACUGCAUUACAUGUUGUUAUUAUGCUUUACACAAGACCAUAUAUGAAGCUCUACGGGUCAGAUUAUAAGUGGUCAGUUUUAAUGAUUCUUAUAACACAGUUUACCGGGGUAAUAUUGGGUACAAUCGCUCCUCUUUUGAGAUGUUUUGCAUCAUUGAGCUUUGAAGUAUCUAUAAAGUGGAUUUGGAACCAUAUCAGGGUGUUUAAAGUAGAGGGCUACUAUACUCAGAAGUUAUCUGACUGGAAAUAUGAUAGCGUGCCAUUGAAACUUAGUAGUCGCAGAUGCAAAAUUGUCUUCCAGUAUCUAAAGGUCCUGAUUUUGAUUUUGUCUAUAGGAAUCCAGAAAACAGUUCUGGUAGCAUGUAAGAUGAUAGCAUUGAUCCCAAUUUUCUUUGUAAUUGGUGUCAUGUGUUGUUUUCAUUGCUGGAAGUCGUUAAAGGUACUCAUGUCCAUUGCCUCAUAUAAUGUGUCAGUUGAAACUCCUUCUCAACUACAACGCAAUAAAAACCUUAGCCAGUACGUUCUGCAGCUUCAAGAUGAUAUGGAGCUUGCUGAGAGAACACUGAAAAGCAUUUUAAAAUCUGUGACCAAUUUGAUCCAAAGUGCUGAAAAGCAACAGCCUAACAAUCUUAUUAAGCUGCUAGGAGAAUCUAGCGGUUUUGAAGGAGUUGGAAAGUAUGACUUGCAUCAAGUCUCAGAACAAAUGUAUGUAGACUGCUGGAGCUUACCGGUAGCAACACUGACGGCCAUCGCCAUAUCUCUUCCCAACAUUCAAAAAAGCAUGACUGAUAGGUUGCUAAAAUGCGUGAGUGAAGGUCUUACAUAUGUCAAACAUAUAGAAGAAAGCCUCAAUGCUACUGAUGAGUAUAUAAGCAGUCAAAAGGCUGCUAGAAUGUUGUGGCUAGAAAUUGAAGUUUGCCACAAAUGGCUUGGAAUCAAUUUGCAGACACCGGCACAUGAAACUAAUGCAACAAAAGAGAUUGUUCAAUGGUUCUGUAAUACAGCUGAAAACAUGGUCAGUGAGCUGGAAAGUAAAAAAAUGAAAGGCUCAGAUGAUAGUUCAGUCUACAUAUCGGUUUCUGCCAACUCAAUGUACAGGAUCACCCAAACAAUCCUAGCUUCCAACCAUGCCCACAUAGACCAGGUUAGCCAAGAAGAACUAUUUGAGCAAUUAUCAUCAAUGAUCUCUCACAUAUUGGCUGCUUGUCUCACCAACUUACCCCGAGUCAAAGCCAUGAAAUGCCACACAAGUGUCAUAGAGAAAAGGGAAGAGAGUGUACAUGUUGCAGCACAACUUCUUGGUGAGACUAUGCAGAUAAUCAAUAGCCUUCAAGAUCGCGAGCUCCCAAGCUUGAAUCCUGAUGAGUUGCCCUUUAUUGACAAGUGGCGUGAUUGUUUUCUGCAUCCUUCUCCUUGA